AUGGACUCCAAAAAGAAUAGCAGUAAGUACAUUUUUGAAGUAUUUUUAUAUCUUUAAUAUAAUUAAAUAUAUUUUUUUAAUAACAAAUUUGUAUGUUCAAUUAUUCUAUAAGUUUUAAAUUUAUUUAUGGAUGGUGGAUGUCCAUAUUUUAAAAGUUUAAAAUAUAAGCUUAAAGGUUAAAGGCGCAUAAAAAAAAAAGUUAAAUUUAGUAGUAUUUGCUAUAAAUAAUAUUACAAAUUUAAAUAUAAGUGUUAAAAACUUAGAAUAAAAAAACUAAUUAAAUUUCUGAACAUAUUAUGUUCUUCACAAUAAGAUUUGUUUUAAAUUCUGAAUGAAGCGAAAUACAUUUCUAUGUAUUGGUUUCAUAACUAUAUGUUUUGUUUUUUUUAAUCUGAAUAACUUUUCUAUUAUCAAUUUUGCUCUAAUUUUCAAGUAUAGAACUCAGAUAUAAUAUUCUUAUAUUUAGAGUGCCCAAUAUGUUGAGGUAUUAAUAUAUUUUUCCGAUAACAUUUGACAAGACUAAAAAAAUAAUCAUUAAUGGAAGUUUCUUUGUGUUUUUCAAAUUCCUAUUGUUAAUUUUAAUUAAUAAUAUUACCUAGUUGACAAAAUGUACAUUGCAUAUUGAAGCAAAAAUGUAUAAUUAAAGAAUCAAAAUUUAAAAUAAUAUUAAUUGAGUAGAAAAUUAAAAUAAUACAUUGUUUAGCCUUUCAAUAAUUAUUGAAAAUAAUGGUAGUGUAAUCAAUUAUGAAAUUAUAUUUUUUAACAAAUUUAUUUUAUAUCAUUUUUUUUUACUGUCAAUUACAUCGUGUUAAGAUAAUUAAACAUGUUGAUUUACUUAAUUAUAUAAUAAUUUAUAGUAAAUUCUAAAAUAAUCUUUAGUUUAGGAUUCUGGUACUAUGGUUUAGAUUAAAGAUUCUUAAAUACAAAAUAAUUUAAAAAAAAACAAAUUUAACACAAUUGAAAUUUGUUUUGAAUUAUGUUUUAUUUUCUAUAGAGUUAAUACAAGACAAUAUUCUGAUUAUGAUAUUUUGAGUUACAGGUUAGAUUGAUAGUGUAUAUAACUUAUAUUAAAUUUAUAAUUCACAAAUAGUAUUUUUAUUUUUGUAGAUCCUACAUUACAAUUAGCAGAAGAAGAAUCUACUGAGUGUUCAGGUUCAUCUGGAAUAGGUUCAUCAGAUUCAACAUCUUCUAAUUCCUUAAAAGAUGUCGAGACUUUUAAAAAAUGCUGUCUAGAUUCUCUUGGAAACCAAGAAGAUUUCAUGAUUGUUGAAUCCACUUCAACUUCGGCUGAAAAUAUUUCAACGAUCAAUGAUGAUGACACUAAAUAUAUUUCAAAGCGAAAAGGUGCUGCAUUUAAAAAAAAAAUCAAAACAAAUACUCCUAAUGUUAGUCUUAUGUUUGAGAAUAUAAUAGAUCAUGAUAGUAAUCUUAUAACUGAUGUGACUGAGAGUAGUAAAUGUUUGAGCCGUUUUCAAAAGCGUAAAAGACUCUCACGAAAAAACAAUCACGAUUUUGUUGAUAUUAAUUUAUCUGAUAAUAGUGAAAUAGAAAGUGCUGAAAAUAGUUUAGAACCUUCAAAGUUUCGUUUUUCGGAAAAAAAUAAAGGUCAAUCAAGUUUUGAUAUGCUUGAUUGUAGUUUGUCUACUUUAGCCAGUACAAAUAGUGUAAAAAUUUCCUCCGAUAAUGAUAAUACUUCUGAAAUACGGGAAAACAAAUUCUUUAAAAAACCAUUUGAUUCAUUUCUUCUCACUAACAAUAGUGCCACUGAUAUAUCUACAGCAAAAGUAUCAACACAUAAGUCUACUCAAAAAAACAUAAACGUAAAUGAUUCUCCAUUUGACAAUAUCAUUCAUGAAUCAAGUAUGGUGUCAGUAUCAAAUAAUAAUAAAACAUUAGAUAAUACUCAAGUAUCAAAUGUUAAUGAAAUUUCACUGUGUAGUACAAUAGAGAUACCUAGUUUCAAUCGUACUUAUGAUAUACCACCAAAUGGGAAUUCUACUCAAAAGUGUGAUUUAAAUGAUACUACUGUUGAACUACCAAUUAAUGAAACAUAUACUUUGAAUGAUCAUGCAACGUCUCAAUUAAACAAUGAUGUGUCCACAAAGUCAGUUGAUAUUAAAGAUGUGUUAUCAGAUACGUAUACUGUUGAGAGUAAUCCAAAUAAAACAUUGACUAAACCACGAUCAAUCUUGAAAAAAACCAAUUAUACUAUAAAUACAUCGGCCAAUGUAUCUAAUCAAUCUAAACCUUCUGUAAAAAAACAAAAAUUUUUACGAAACCUCCAUCUUAACAAUGUCUCCCAAGAUUAUAGUUUUACAAUUAAUGAUAGUAAUACAAUAUUGAAUGAAGAUACCAUAAAUGAUACCAAACGUGAUGAUUGUAAAAAAUUUAAAUUAAAAGAAAUAUCUCAUAGUGAAGAUUUUGAAAUAUUCGACAACAUUAUUUCUGGUACACAAGAAAAUGAACUGUUGACUUCUAAAAAUAAUGAUAUAAACAAUUCAAUUUCUAAUACAUUAACUGCUGUAGCAGGAACUUCAAAUAACAAUGAUUUGUAUAAUAUUUCAUCAAAAUGCAUGGAAAAUACAGAUGAAUUGACUAAGCAGUCUAAUGUGAUUUUGGAUGAAAAAUUUGAAAACGAUAAAUCUAUAUGUCCAACUCUUAUUUCAUGUAAAUCCAAUAGCUUCAGUCAUUCAGGCUUCAAAUUUGAUUUUAAUAAGCAGUUUGGUCGGCAUAGUUUAAGUUAUCAAGAUAAAAGUAUGAACUCAUCAAUGAUAGUAAAACCACAUAAUAUUUCAUUAAAUAAUAGUGUGUUUGACAAAACACUCGGAGAAAAAUCUAGUACUUUUCAUAAAUCUGUGGAUAAUGUUAAUCUUGAUUCAAAUUCACAAAUUUGUGAAAAUCCAAAAAAGCAUUUGAUUUCUCAAAAAUUUCAACCAGCCAGCAUUUCAUCACUUCCUAUAUCUACUACUAUUAAUGAAGAAGUCGAAGAAAACAAUCUUGAAUUGUCACAGAACAUAUCAUUAAAGGCAUAUCAAUCAUCAGAGCCUUGUUUUGCAGGCAAACCCAAUAUAAAUGCUAAUUCAGUUGUUUUUAGUAAUUUAAUUGAUGAUAGUUUAAAUGAUGACAUAUCUUUAGAUGAUUCUAAACGAAUCAAAUUUAAGAACCACAAAAAUAUAUCUGUAAGCCAUUCAGUUAUGUUUGAAAAUAUAAUAACUAAUAGUCAAGAAUCUCCUAAUUGUUCUAUAAAUCAAAAUAAAACUGGUCAGUCUAUACCAUAUGAUAACAGUAAUAUAAAAGGGGACGAAAUCAGUGUGUUUGCCAAUUCAGAUGAAUUAUUGUCUAAUAACGAAUCAAAUAGUUCUGAUCACGAUUCAAAAAACCGUAGUAUGUCAAAUGUUGAUAAAUCUAGAUUAAACCAUUCUAAAUCUGAAUCAUUAGGUGGAAAAAGUUCUGAGGUUUCCAUUGUGAAUAACAUUAUGCAAUAUGAACAAAAUAAUUCUUCAGUUUCAGUAGAAUCUGCAAAUAAUUAUUCUUUAUCAAAUGUUGCUUCUGGUAUAAUGGAAAAUGAUAGUUUAUCGAAAAGUAAUAAAACGUCUCAUGUUUUUCCCAAAACUUCUGUUAAUAAUUUACAGAAGAAAAAUUCAAUAUUAUUGAAUGAAGUUACUACAAUAAAUGAACGAGUAUCUGACUCUAGUACAAAUCAAAAUGAAACUUUGACCCAAAAAAUAAUGUACAAUGGUAGUAAGAAUCGAGGGGAUGAAAUUAGUAUGUUUGCAAUUGCAGAUGAACUAUUGUCUAUUAGAAAAUCUGUAAAAAGAUCAAAUAAAAAAAUUGACAGUGGUAAAAAAUUAAAUUUGGAAAAAUCCAAUACUACAGCAGAUGAAUUCAAUAUUUUGGAUAAGAAAUAUAAAGAUUCUAGUUCAAAACUUUCAAAAGAUGAUUUUUUCCAAGGAAAAAUAUCAUCAAAUAUUUCUUCUAGUCAUAAAUCACACAAUACACAUUCAAUAAAUUCAAAUGUUUCGGUUGUUGGUAGCAACAUUCAGAGUGAACAAAAUAAUUCAUUAAGUCCAAAAAAACCGAUAAUUAAGCACCCAAAAACAUCAAUAUUGCAAUGUUUAACACGAACAAAGGCUUGUACAUCGAAUAAUUCUUUGACACUAGAAGACGACAAUACAACGAACAUUAGUAGAACUUCUACUUCUUCGAUAAAACCAAAAAAUCCUUAUAUUGAUGAUAUUGGUUCUGCACUACCAAUUUUAACUGUUGGAUUAGAUGACACAGGAUUGUCAUUGUUAAACACUCCUGACGAAUCUUUGGAACAAAGCGAUUUGUCAAAUAACCAAUCAAAAAUAUUCAGUUCUAAACGUCGUUCACUAGAUAAUUCUAAUGAUGUGUCUGUUAAAUCAAAUAAAUCAAUAAAACUUGAAAAUAAUGAAAACAACAGUACCAGAAAAAGUGCUUGUUUUUCAGAACAAAAUAAUCAAUCCUUCAGUAAUGACGUUUCUAAAUCAUUAAAUAUUACAGAUAGAUUACAGGAUACAGGGUUAUCAUUGUUUAUUGCUACUGGUGAAUCUUUGGAACAAAGUGAUUUGUCUAUAAACCAAUUAAAUAGAUCUUCUAAACGUUGUCUACAAUAUAAUUCCAGUGAUGAUGAGACUGUAAAAUCAGAUAAAUUAUUAAAACUAAAAGAUAAUACAAAUAACGGCAGCAAAAUAUCUGUUCAUUCGUCAAAAUUAAAAAAUCAGUCUUCAAAUAACGAAGGUUCUACAUCAUUGAUUAUUUCUGAUGAAUUACAAAACACAGAAGGUUUAACACAGUUAAAUAAUACUGUUGGAACUUUGGAACACAGUAAUUUGUCAAUAAACCAAUUAAAUAGAACUUCUAAACGUCGCUUACGAAAUAAUUCCACAGGUGAGUCUGUUACAUUAGAUAAAUCAUUAAGACGAAAAGAUAAUACAAAUAACAGCAGCAAAAUAUCUGUUCAUUCGUCAAAACUAAAAAAUCAGGCUUCAAAUAACGAAGGUUCUACAUCAUUGAUUAUUUCUGAUGAAUUACAAAACACAGAAGGUUUAACUCAGUUAAAUAAUACUGUUGGAACUUUGAAACAAAAAGACAAGUCAAUGUACCAAACAAGUGGGUCAACUUCUAAACAUUCUUUACUUGUUAAUACCAAAGAUGAAUCUGUUACAUCAAAUAAAUCAUUAAAACAAAAUGAUAAGCGUAGAAUGUCUGACCGUUUGUCAGCACGUAAAAACCAGUCAGUUGGUAAUGUAGAGCCGAGUGUAUCAAACAUUACUAAUAGUGUACAGUCGAAAAAGCAAUCUUUACUUAGUAAAACACUAAAAAAAAAUCAUAUUAAAACUAAUGACAUGCCAAUUGCAUCUACAAGCUCUGUAAACAGUGUUGGUAAUUCUAAAAAUAAAGGAGUUAAUUUAGAGGCUGAAGAUUCAGUCUUUUGGUCAACAGUCUCUGAAAGUUCUACAAAUACAUCAAGAACUAUCCCAAAUGUGAAUUCUAAAAGUAAUCAAUUGAUCGUUAUAGAACAGAUUGAAAGUGCCAUUGAAAACAUGUCGAUUAAUCAAAUAACGUCAAAUCACCCGGGUGCUUUUGUAAUUGAUGAUAGCACAAAUAGACCGUUAACAAGGUCUUCUGUAAAACGCCCAACUAAUAGUAGCCCUUCAAUUUUAACUAGAGUUUUAGCGGGUAAUGACAGUUUUGAAUCAACCUUUUCUGAAAUUUCACUUUCUAGUAAUAAUAUUGAUCACACAGUAUUAGAAGAACACGUAAAAGAAAAGUAUCGAUCUCUGUACAGUAAGGAAACGUGGGUUACAAAACGGCUCUAUUGUUUCCUUGUCUGUAAUUUGCAACCGCGUUUUAAUAUAUAUUCUAUGAAAUGUGCAGAAAAAUUUGUCAUGUACUUAAAAACCAUACUAAAACAAAUAUAUAAAGAUAAAAAUGCAGAUUUACAGUUAUUUUCGGAUAUGUUAAGGUAUCAUAUGGCAAGAUAUGGAAUUAUUAAAACUACGGCUGAUUAUCUUGGAUUUUUGACAGAUUACAUACCUAGGCCUUAUUACGAUAAAUUAGUGCCUGGAUGGAACCACGAAACAUCAGCAGUCAAAUUUGAUGAUCAAAAAUAUUUCAUACCGAUCAUGGAAGAUGAAACUUUUUUAAAUAAGAUUUUAGAACAUAUAAGAACUGUUUAA